AUGCCUCUCAAGGUGCUCCCCGCCGGUAAGGCCGACAUGUACCGCGCAGCCGUGAUCGAGCGCCAUGCCUACGCGCCCCUAAAGACCAAUGAUAUCUUGUUUCCUGGUCCCCUACUAGCAGAUUCUCUGAAGUACCGUGCCGGAGACCUUGAGAAAGAAGUCGAGGAACCGAACGUUUUCUGGUUCAAGGUCGUAGACACAGAUAUUGAAGGUGAUGAGUCUGAGCAAACGAUCUCGGUCGCGAAAUGGACUGUCUAUGACCAGAACCACCCCGUGAAGCCCAAAUCGCCGCGAAGCCUCCCGCCAGGGUCAAAUGCAGAGGCCUGCGAGCUCUUAUUUGGAACGAUCGAUAAGUUGCAGCCGAAGCACAUCGGAGGCAGGCCCCAUAUCUUCUUUGGCAUACUCGCCACGGAAGCCAAACAUCAAGGCCGCGGCGCGGCCAGUCUGCUCUUGAAGAAGUGCAUUGAGGAAGCAGAGGCAAAGAGGCUGCCGAUCUAUCUUGACUCUUCGGAGAUGGGUCAUCCCGUCUACCUGAAGCAUGGCUUCCGUGAUCUUGAGGAGGUGGCGACGGAUUUCAGUAAGUGGGGUUUGGAGAAGCCGCAUUUGUUGUGGGCUAUGAUCAAAGAACAGUGACGCUAGCAAAUCGACCCUCUGUGUUGAUAUGG